CUAUUGGCCGUUCUUCCUGAGCGAGGGCAAGGUGAGGCCCGAUGGCUAUAUAUAUUGGUGAUGGCGGUGUGAUGUUUGGUAUCUUUCCUGCUUCCCUUUUUGCUCUCGAUCUGGUUUCUACGAUACUAAUCAACGCGAGUUGAGAGAGAAAGUCUAAUAUCAAGUCACGAUUACCUCGAUCAAGCUGCUGUACAGGGUGAACUCUACACGUACGGAAUAUUCGGGAAUUGGAAUACCGCAGUUCUCUUCAAUACGCUUUCUGGAUUAUACACAGUCGGCGGGCUUGAUAUACAGUUGAGCUGUACAAAGGCAGACAGCGAGAGAGCGAACGAGAGUCACGAGGGACUGGGUCCUGGUACAUACGUGUGUCUUCAAAAAGAAGAAGAUCAAGCAGGAGAACAGGAAGAAAGAGAUAGGGUAUUGUUUUUCACAACAAAAUGGCGGCAGUAGGCACCAAGUUCUUCAUCCAGGACAAGUUGGGUAUACCGGCCAAACACCACGAGUCGUACGAACAGCUAUGGGAAACAAAGUGGAAGAAGCCUGCCGAAAUGGGCGUCUACCCCUUCAUGUUCGGAGCGGCGCGCGACUUCGAGCCCAUUGUCUCGGACAUGGUGCGCUCCAAGAUGCGGGAGCCGUACGACUGGGACGAGUACGCGCGAAAGUACUUUCCGCAAGCCGAGCACCUAGCGUCGAUAGCGCAGGGCGCCGAAGCCGCGGGCGAGCGCGAAAAAGCAUCCGAAUACUACCUGCGGUCCAGCGCCGUAUACCGCAUCGCGCGCUUCCCUGCGCCGCGCAGCCCCGCGCAGCGCGAGGCCUGGGAACGCGGAAAACAAGUCUGCAUCAAGGGCCUCGGCAUGCGCGACCACCCCGUGCAUGAAAUCCGCAUCCCACAUGUCCAUGGCGGCCCGGGCGAGGGCCCCGAAAUCCCAGUGUACCAUCUCGUUCCCGAACACGCGUCGCCCGAGACACCCGUGCCGACCCUCAUCAUCUUCACGGGCCUCGACGGGUACCGCACCGAGCUGGCCGUGUGGAUGGAAGGCUGGCGCCGCGUGGGCGUCGCGACCAUCGUGCUGGAAAUCCCAGGCACAGGCGAUUGUCCUGCCGACCCUUCAGACCGCACGUCGCCCGACCGCCUGUACAGCUCGCUGCUCGACUGGGUGGCUGCACAGCCGCGCCUGGAUACGCACAAAACCGCCAUCUGGGCCUUCAGCACCGGCGGCUACUACGCCAUCCGCGUCGCGCACACACACGCGUCACGGCUCGCGGGCGUCGUCGCCCUCGGCGGCGGCUGCCACCACAUGUUCUCGGCAGAAUGGCUGAACCACGUCAACCACCUAGAGUACCCGUUCGACCUUGCCGACACGCUGGCGCACAAAUGGGGCUACGGCACCGACGUGGCGGCUUUCAAGCGCGAAGCCAGCGCCAAGUUCUCGCUGCUCAACGACGGCACGCUGGAUUCUCCCGAUUGCGCCCGCCUGCUGCUCGUCAACGGCACCGAAGACGAAAUCUUCCCCAUUGACGAUUACUACCUCGCCCUGCUGCAUGGCGCCCCCAAGGAAGCCCGCUUUGUCCAGGGCAUCAAGCACAUGGGUGAGCCCGAGAGCUUUGUUAUCAUCAUCAAGUGGCUGUAUCGCCUGUUUGGUAUCGACGCCGAUGUCAGGGCGCAGAUGGCUACGUUGAUGUUUAAACCAAAAUAUUAGGUACUUGUGUUGGCGUGAUAUGUA